AUGACAGACAUUACUGCGACACAUUCAGGCGAGACAGCUGCAAACCCAGCUGCAACCCCAGAUUCCGAGAAGGGCACUCCAAUUGUCCAACAGCCAGAAAUCUUUUAUAACCCUCCUUCAACUGCAAAUCUGGCUACCGGUUACUUUCCCGCACCAACACGCAAAUUUGCCAAUCCUGUUCCUGCGGGAAUGUCUGUUAUGGCUACGACACUGUUCACUUUAGGCUUAAUUCUUUGUCGUGCCCAUUCCGUUGACAACCUCAUCAUUCUGGGCUCUACCUUCUAUUUCUCUGCCGGUUUAAUUCAAAUAAUUGCUGGUAUUUGGUGCAUUGUUGUUGAAAACACUUUUGCGGCAGCUCUACUGCUUAGUCUGGGUGGAUUCUGGGCUGGCAUUGGUGGAAUUGCCACCAAUGACUUUGGUGCUCAGUCUGCCUACGAUUCCGACACCUUCGCUAGUGCCUUUGGUUUGUUCUUGUCAGCCUGGACAGUCUUUGACUUCUUGCUUUGGACUUGCACUUUUAGGUCUACUAUUCCUUUGUUCUGCACCACCUUCUGCCUCUGGUUCUUUAUGCUUCUUUGGACAAUUUCCAUUUUUGGUACUCAUCCCAAUGUUGAGACCGCAGCAGGUGUAUUUGCGUUCCUUACCUCUUGCGGUGGAUACUAUGCCGUCUACGAGGGCCUCACCUCUGAGGAGAACAGUUAUGCUCGCAUCCCUAAGUCAAAGCGCUUCCUUAUGCCUUACGCCUACAACGCCGAGAAGGCUGAGAAGUCGCUGGUUUAA